AUCACCCUCAAACACUGAUACCACACAAACAAAACACACUGUUUAACAACCUUCACUGUAAUUUCUGCCUCAUGAGUUCACUCUCUGUCAUGAUUGUGACUGUGGGUGUGGAGUUAAAGACACGAUUUUAUGAAAAGGUUUUAUUUACGACAAACUGCAAAUAUCUGUUAGACUGGUAGUUUAAACAUAACAUCCAGGCCUUUUAGCAAUCAAAUAAAUAGAGACUGGAAACAAGACCCCCCCCCCCCCCCCCCCCCAUCUCUUGCUGAAACAUCUUGACUUAAAAACUGAGGCAAACAAUACAGAAGGGAUGAAAAGGAAGAAUUUGGGGGCUAAGAAUGCUAUUCUUAGAUUUGAGUUCAUUUAUGCGCAGAAGCUUUCAGAAUGCGGCUGAAUUCAGACCUGAACAAUGACCAUUCAUGUGGAGCUCAGACCUCAGGCUCAGUGGAUUCAAAUUAGUGUGUGAAGUCAAAACUAUCCGACCCCCUCCGUCAUCUCAGACCCUACCGGUCAGCACACGAUGCCACAUAACUCAGUAUUCUGUGUGUGGAAAGCAACAUGCUGGGUUUGUGAUAUAACUGGCGUUUUGCUGACCUCAUGUUACGUGCUUGUGGCUCAAUUCGGUAAGUUUCCUGCAGACCUGUAACUGUUCUGGGGACCGGGAGUAGCCAGCUACCCUGCACCGUGGGGAGGGGCGCAGCAUUCCAGCUCACCACCUCUGUGUGUGUGGAUGUGGAUAAAGAGCGAGGGGCCCUCUGAGCUAAUUGGCAGGGAGGGGGCCAAAGGUGGUCUGCUUCAAAAGAGAAACCCUGGCGAGAUGUUCACACUGAAGAGGAGGGGAGAGUGGAGAAGCUUUCAGACUAGUGUGCUUCCACCAUCCUAAAAGUUUAGAAUUUUGAUUUAUUAAUUUCUUUUAAACCCUUGUGCAUCUUUGACAACUUUGAUGAAGACGUGUGGAGCUGAACUGGACACACGUUUGAGGCAACUGAGCGAGGAUGAAUAAAGGAACAUUUGAGGACAGCGUCAUGUUGUACCUGUCACACAUAGAGACAAACUCCAGCUCCAGUGACUUGAGUGUGGUGGCCAUGCUCCAUAACUUCUGGGAACAGAAGCAGACAAGUCAAUUAAAUGGUUCCUCCAGUGAAUCUGAUGGUUCUGUUGGGAGUCCAGGUGGCCAGACGGAAAGCUUGCUGCUGUAUGAGUCUGCUCCUUCCUCCGGUCCCCCAUUUGUGUGCUAUGUCACCCUGCCUGGAGGAAGUUGCUUUGGUAACUAUAAGGUGUGUGAUACUCAGGCAGAGGCCCGCAGGGAUGCAGCUCGUGUCGCUCUGAUUAACUCUCUUAUGAAUGAGCUCCCUCGUCGACGUAUCAGCCAUCAGUUUAUCGCUCAGAGCCUCCAGCAGGCAGCCACCGACAGCGCUGUGAGUGUCUCUAUAGAGGAUGCAUCUGAUCCAAGUACCAGUAUAGGAAUCUACAGUUUGCUGCUCCACUCCUUCAUUGGAAAGACCAUGUUACAGUUCCAGGAGAUGAUGACAGUUUUCCAGUUGUUGCAUUGGAACGGGACGCUGAAAGCUCUGAGGGGAAGGCAGUGCUCUCGACAGAGCGUGAUUGCAUACUAUACUCAACGGGGACUGGACGAGUACUUCCGCAGCAGUAUGGCUCUGGAUUGGCUGGGACGGGAGCAAAGGUCGGCAGGCCGACUGGCUGAAGAGCUGCAGGUGGUGCAGAGGGAGCUGGUGUUGGCCAGGCGUCAAGGCAUAGAGCUGCGCUUCUACAAGGAAAAGAAAGAGAUCCUCACUUUGGCUCUGAGUCAGGCAUACAUACAUCACACACCUGAGAGCCUCAGUGGGUCGCAAAGUCACACAUACAUGCAAGAACUGCCUUUACAAGAAUUACACAACCAGGACACAGAGUCUGAGAUAAAUCCUUCAUCAACUCUCCAUAAAAACACAAAGCAAACAGCUGGUCAAACCUCUGGCAAACACGCACUCUCUAACAGUCCCUCAGCACAAUCAUGUGACUUUGACUCACCUUAAAUACACUGAAAUGUGACAGUAAAUGAGUCCCACGGGUGCUGCGAGCAUUUCUUCAUGUGUUAGAGAUCAUCAUACUUUCUGUUAUCUAUCUCAGUUCUAUAAAUUAAUAUUUGUGUAUGAUGAUAAUACAGUAAUGUGUUUGAUGUUCCAACAACAACUUGUGUUUGACAUCGAACAUAUGCAUUUAGAUUUUCAAUUUUCAUCUCAAAAAUACAGCAUUCAAAUAAUUAAGU